CACACGCCGAGGCUGGUUCCGUGACGCUCCGCGCGGGGACGCGUCAGGAGGGGCUGGGCGGGCCGGCUCUUUGCCCCGCGCCGGGCCCAUUUCCGCCCGGGGCGCGGGCGGAGGUGGAGUCCCAGCGGCCCAAGCUCCCCAGGGUGAGGCCUGGGCUCCGGGUCGCUGCCUCGGACCGCGCCCCUCACCGCUGCCUCUGCGGGGGGCUGGGCCGCAGGGCGGACUUUGGCCUGGGCUGUAGCGUGCACGGUCCCGCUCGGGUGCGUGGCCGCCCCGGGGCCUGUGUCCGAGCGCCGCGCUGUGCCAUGGGCAGGCGGCCGCCAGGCGUGGCCUUGCUGGGGAAGGCGGCGCUAACGCUGGGGCUGGUGCUGCUCUAUUACUGCUUCUCCAUUGGCAUCACCUUCUACAACAAGUGGCUGAUGAAGGUAACUCGGGGCUGGGCAGCGCCCUCGCCUCGCCGCACCGCCCAGGGAGGGUGCCCAGCAACCGAGAGUUUCCAUUUCCCUCUUUUUAUGACCCUGCUGCACCUCCUGGUUAUUUUCCUGCUCUCCGCUCUGACCAGGGCCCUGAUGCAUUGCUGCACCAAGAGGUCCCGUGUGGUGCUGACUUGGGCUGACUAUCUCAGAAGGGUGGCUCCAACAGCAUUGUCGACUGCCUUGGACAUUGGGUUGAGCAAUUGGAGCUUCCUGUACAUCACAGUAUCCCUCUACACAAUGACAAAAUCCUCUGCUAUCCUCUUCAUCCUGCUCUUCUCCCUGAUCUUCAAACUGGAGGAGCUGAGGAUGGUGCUGGUACUGGUGGUUCUGCUCAUUGCUGGGGGGCUCUUCAUGUUCACGUACGAGUCCACACAGUUCAACAUGGAGGGGUUUGCGCUGGUGCUGGGUGCCUCCUUCCUUGGGGGCAUUCGCUGGACUCUCACCCAGAUGCUCAUGCAGAAGGCCGAGUUGGGGCUUCAGAAUCCUAUUGACACCAUGUUCCACCUGCAGCCUCUUAUGUUCCUGGGGCUCUUCCCUCUCUUUGCUGUGUUUGAGGGGUUGCCCCUAUCUACGUCGGAGAAGUUGUUCCGUUUCCAUGAGGCAGGGCUGUUGCUCAGUGUGGUGGGGAAGCUCUCCUUAGGAGGGUUUCUUGCUUUCGGCCUGGGCUUCUCUGAGUUCCUCUUGGUCUCCAGAACCUCCAGCCUCACUCUCUCCAUUGCUGGCAUUUUUAAGGAAAUCUGCACCUUGCUGCUGGCCACUCACUUGCUGGGAGACCACCUGAACCUCCUGAACUGGGUGGGCUUUGCUGUCUGCCUAUCGGGAAUCUCCCUGCACAUCACUCUCAAAGCAUUCAGUUCGAAAGGUGAAAAGGAGUCAAAGCUACACAAAGGGAACAGCUCCAGCCCUGACCUGGAGCUGCUGCUGUGGCGCAGUGAGGCUGAAGAGGAGGAGGAGGAAGUUGGAACCGAGCUACGGCACUAAUUUGGCCCUGAGCACAGCGCCCCUGCUGCAUCUGAUCAUCAGACACGACUGACAGUUGAGCAGCAAACAGGUCCAAGAAUCUUGGGCUGCCAGCUCCUUGAGGUCGGGCACAUGAAAGGAGAUGGAGCUGGAGCUAGUGAGGGACCUGCUGCUCAGCACCCACAGCCCGGAUCCAUGGAGCCCGUUUGCGUGAAACAGGCAGCACUAUACUCUUCCCCUUAAAAGGGGUUUGAAGAGAAACCCCUCGGCUGUAGUGUGGGGGAUGGGGCGGGGAAACUCAGACUGUAGAGCGAGGGGAGCCCACAGGCUGCCGGUCAAGGAGAUGAGGAUCAAGGCUCACUAUGGACUCUUUCUCCAACUUGUUCUGGUGUUGGCUCCAAAGAGAGAAGGCAGAAGAGCCCCUUUGGGGCUCUUUCCCCACAGCUUUGUCACUGAAAGCCCUUACGUUCUCUGAAGAUGAUGGUGAUAUAGAAAAUCUGGGACUUGCCUCCAUGGGGCAGCCAUUGUACCCAGUACCCUGUCCAGUCCCAGCACACAAUGUGAAGACAGGAUACUCCCUACUUGUUAUUGGGGACCAAUCCAGGCAGGAUAAUCAGGGAAAGAUGUGCACUGCUGGCCCCGUGGGGCUCUGCAGGGCAUUAAGGGCCAGGGCAUCCAGGCAGCAAAUUUCUUUAUUGAAAAGAGUUCUGAUUUUUCAUAGAAAUAAAUGACUGGCCAGCUUC